CCCGUUGCGAACAUCGCUGCCUGGUUUGGCACGACUGUAAUGAUACUCGGCGUAUGUACACGUAUUUGGAGUAAAUACAGUGUCCUUCGGAAAUGGACCAUAGAUGACGCCUUGAUUAUUGUUACGAUGUUCUUGGGCUCUACAAUGACCGCCACUAUUUCAAUGACAGUCGCAAACGGUUUGGGCCAACCGCAAUCAUCUCUGAGUAACUAUCAAAUUAUAGAGUUCCAAAAGUAUGGCUAUGCAUCACAGCUACUUUACAUUCCGGCUCUUUGCCUCACAAAACUGACCACACUUGUUUAUCUUCGCGCUCUGUCACCAGAAUCACACUUCGAAACUAUGAAUACGCUACUAGAAGUCUUCAUUAUAAUUUGGGGUCUUAGUGCCGAGUUUGCGAUUGCCUUCCAAUGCCAGCUACCUUCACCGUGGGCCAUUAUUUCCGGGAAAUGUUUUAAUACGGCUGCCUUCUGGAAGGCCAAUGGCGCUUUUGACAUACUAACGGACGUCAUAAUCGUCUUUCUUCCAUUGUAUCUUGUCUGGCCCCUUCAGAUGCCUUGGAAAAGAAAGGGUAUAGUUGUUAUGGCCUUCGGAAGUCGAGCCAUUAGAGUUAUCCCGUUCACAGCUUGGCGAAUCUACUCUCUGUCUACAACCAGCUCUCGCGAUCAAACUCUCUCGCUGUAUCACGGCUACCUAACCACUAGCAUACAACUUAACUUUGCUAUUUUCAUGUCCUGCGUGUCAUUCCUCAGACCCUUUCUGGAAAGCAUGGUCUCCGGUGGCAUG